CAUUAUUGUAUUUGUAUAUGUUUUUGUGCAAAAUAAAGAAAACGGAACUGGUAAAUGGGCUGUAGUGGUUAGAUGUUAUUCAUGAAUGGCGCUGUUAACUAAAAGUUCAAAUAUCCCUUUCAUAUCCUCAGAGGAAAAGUACACUGCAGUCUAUCCAUACGCUGCACGUGAUCAAGAUGAGAUUGAUUUGGAAAGAGGCAUGACUGUUGAGGUCAUUCAGAAAAACUUGGAAGGCUGGUGGAAGAUCAGAUACCAAGGAAUAGAAGGCUGGGCCCCGGCAUCCUAUCUGAAGAAGAUGGCUGCUGGCGCUCCAGUUCAUGCCAGCACUAAUGACCUAGAAGUGGCUUGCAAACAGCAGAAUGCCAACAAAGAAAACAAGGAGAAUCAGCGCGACCGAUUUUCGCCAUUUUCAGAAAGCAAGCGCAGUAAGCAACAGUUGGUUUCAUUAGAAUCUAAAAAAUUACAAGUAUUUAAGGUUACUGACGGGGCAUAAAACUAACUUUUUGCGACUUGA